AUGUCCGCCAUUACACCCCAACUAAGGGCAUCAGCCAGAGCAGCAUAUCGGUCGAUACACCGUGCAGCGAAUAAAGCAUUUAUGGGUGAUCCGGAGAUUCGAAAAGCUUUUGCGGUCAAGACACGCUUCGACUUUGUGUCUGCGUCGGCAGAAACAGACCCGGCUGCAUACAAGGAGAGCGUCAAGUUGGCCAAUGAAAUUGCAGAAGUACUCACGAAGAACAUUGUACAAGGGCGACGAAAUGACGAUGGAGUCUACAGACUUAGAAUCACAAAGGACACCGAACUCGGCUCCAAUGAGACUAUCAAGAACCCUGCCCCUAUGGAAAGGCCGUCGAGGGCACGAAGACGAGCGAAAGAAGCUGCGACAAUGUGCUGUGGCUCCUCUUCAAAUACAGAUACCACUUUAGCGGAACCGAAAUCGUCGACUUUGAAUUAUUCGGCCCUCAAGAAGGCAUCACGUGAGCGAGAGAUUCCAGCAUUGAAUGAGGACGACUUGGAGGAGUCGUUUGUCAAAGGUGGAGGACCGGGAGGUCAAUGUAUAAAUAAACGCAGUACGAACGUGGACUUAUUGCAUAUUCCGUCGGGUCUACGCGUUCAGUGCCAGGAAACCCGAUCGCUGCAAGAGAAUAGACGUAUAGCACGCAAACUAUUAGCGAGAAAGUUGGACGAGCUUUACAAUCCAGGACUUUCCAGGGAAGCCCUGCUUGACGCGAAGGUCAGAGAACGCAAACGGCGAAAGGCAAAAAAGGCUCGGAAGAGGGCUCGAGAGGUGCCAAAGGAUAUCGAAGAUAGUUGA